UUGCAAGUUUGCAUCUCGCAGGAGUUUCCCGCUGGAGGUAUCCUCUUUUUGGUGUCCCGUCGUCAUCCAUUACUGGACCCUUGAUACGAAUAACCCGGAUUUUCAACUGCUGCCAAUUUUACUACGGAUGAUACCUGGAACCGGAGCUGGACCUUUGACGCAUACCUUUUGAGGAUUUUAUUUUUUUAACGACCUUGCAUUAUGGAUGGGCCCCCGCCCCCUGGAUGAGGAUCCUGUCGACUACCUUUAUUUACCACGGAUGAGAUAUGCUGCAUACGUUUUACAUUGGGUCAAGGCGCUGGGCGGGAAAAGAAGGGUGCGCCGACCGGUGCACCCGCGGUGGUUUUCGUUGUCAUCAGAUAAGACCUUGCUGUCCGGAUCCGCCAUCGGGGAGAGUUUGUUUUCGUAUCCUGGAUCUGGUGCUUUCUUCCUCCCCAUGUUUGGCAAACGGGAUUCGACGGUUCCGUCGUCGACAUGUCUCAUAAUAUAUUGGCACGGCCGGCACCCGGACAGCAAGCUAGGCGCGAACACAUCUUCCACUACCCAUGGCACUUGUUCUGGUCUGCUUUCGUGUUCCCUCUUGCGGACUCCCGGGCUUCCCUGCCGUCGUUAGGAUUCAGACUCCCAACUCCCGAGGAUUGAAAUGUCCCUUCCGGGUACGACGUUAACUUGGGGUUCCCAUCCAACCUUUGGAUUGCCGUUGCUUCAUGCAAACCACUGCUUUGGAAAUAAAAUCAUUGUCAACGAAAGGGUGCAGCACGGCUUGCCCC